ACAACCUAGACAGGGGCGUAGCCAAGGGGUGGCCAGAGGUGGCCAGUGCCACCAUGCUGGGAAGCGUGGCCACCCCUCUGGCCACCCCUUCGCUAAGCCCCUGACUAGGCUGUAAUGUAGCGAGGUCUCUGUGUCAUAAAAUGUUUGAUCUCAUAUGGAGCUUGUUUGAAAUGCACUGUCGUGGAGAAAGUUGCCGAGGUACAGUUGUUCGCAGUGGUGGUGAUGGGAGCAAGACAUCUAAAGACUUUAAAGGAGAAUUACACCAUUUUUCAAAAAUUCUGCAUAAUUCAGUUGUUGAAAUUUGAGAUUUGAUGCAAAGUGACUGUAGGUGGAGGGGGUUUGGGUGGUUGUGGUACCACAUCAGCUUAUAUCUGUAUGAUUAUUAAUAAACGAUAAGUUGUGACAUUGACAGUGAACUGAAAAAGAAAAAAAAUGAAUGUUCCCCUAAAAAGGGGCAAGAAUGUUGGCCCGGGGAUUUAAAAGAGUCAAAAAACUGUCAUAUAACAACAGCUGUGCCAAACAUCAGACAGCAUAUAUCUAACCACUUCACGUAACUUUCUGUGAGGGAGCUUUUAGAGACGUAAAACUCUUCAGACGUGAACACUGUGAACAAUUCUGACUUGGUAGAUUUCCCUAAAAUGGAGCGUUUCAGUUCAAACCACGCUGCAUCUCAGCAUUUUAAUUAUGUGGAAAAAUGCAUGAAAUGGUCACGAAUACGCUGCCUGAUGGCUGAGGGCUUCGUGCUGUAGUCAGGUCUUGGCUUUGGGCCUUGUGAGUUUAGGCUCAUGUGCGGCUGCUACAGAGUCCCAUUCUACUGGCAAUGCUUUACUAUGGAGAUUAUGCAAGCUGUGUGCACACAAUUGAGCAGCUGUGUCACCAGUGACUACACAUUAAAGUAGCUGAAUUCACUAAUUAUAGGGGUGUCUGAACAGUUCUUUGGACUUACAGUUGGCUAUACGUUUAUCGGAGCAUUAACCUCAAAAGAGCCUUCAGAGUGCCAGCUGUACAGGGCAACCGUCGUAAAACUUCCCAAAAGCUUCGCUGACGCCAGAGGUCUGAUGUGAUUGGUUCACACCAGUGCACGUGACCGAGCCGCGCGUCACGUAUUUCCCCCAAUGCUAAAAGCUUUUGGCUAACUCUUCCUCUGGGCUUCAUUCUGUCUUUGCCGUUCUGUCGCAAGACGCUUUCAUUUUCACAGAGGAAACAGUAGGUUUUAAAUGCCGCAGUGAGUCUCCGGGCUGGACGCAUUUUCACAAUCCAGUUUUUCCCCCAGAGAAGCUCACCUAGCUGAUCAACUGUGAGUCUUCGCCGUUAGCCCGGGAGCUGUGGGAGCUCUGGGAGGUGUCAGCUCUGCUCAGGGGUGGGACCCGACUCAACUUUACAAGAGCCAGCUCGCGCUGUCCGACGGUGUGAAGGACUCGGGUAGAGAUAUUUCACCGCGUUGUCUAACAUCGCCUUUUCCUUUCCGAAGGUCAGUAUAGGAUCGUGUCCUAUAGAUCGCCAUGUUCAGCUGGUCUAACAGGAACGGGAAGAAAGACCCGGAGCUCUUCCAGAACGUGUCCGAUGGACUCAAGCGCCUCUACCGCAACAAGCUCUUCCCUCUGGAGGACACCUAUCGCUUCCACGACUUCCAUUCACCGGCGCUGGAAGAUGCCGAUUUCGACAACAAGCCCAUGGUCCUUUUGGUCGGUCAGUAUUCGACCGGCAAGACGACCUUCAUCCGGCAUCUCAUGGAGCAGGAUUUCCCCGGCAUGCGGAUAGGCCCCGAGCCCACCACCGACUCCUUCAUAGCGGUGAUGCACGGAGAGCAAGAGGGCGUGAUACCGGGCAAUGCUCUGGUGGUGGACCCCAAGAAACCCUUCAGAAAGCUUAACGCCUUUGGCAACGCUUUCCUGAACAGGUUUGUGUGUGCACAGUUGAAAAACCCAGUCUUGGAGAGUAUCAGUAUCAUCGAUACUCCAGGCAUCCUGUCGGGGGAGAAACAGAGGAUCAGCCGAGGCUAUGACUUUGCGGCUGUGCUAGAGUGGUUUGCUGAACGAGUGGACCGCAUUAUCCUGCUCUUCGAUGCCCACAAGUUGGAUAUCUCAGACGAGUUCUCUGAGGUGAUCAAGGCCUUGAAAAACCAUGAGGACAAGAUGCGUGUGGUACUGAACAAAGCGGACCAGAUCAGCACACAGCAGCUGAUGAGAGUGUACGGCGCCCUCAUGUGGUCACUAGGGAAGAUCAUUAACACCCCAGAGGUGGUGCGGGUCUACAUCGGCUCGUUCUGGGCGCAGCCUCUCCUGGUGCCAGACAACAGGAAGCUGUUUGAAGCCGAGGAGCAGGACCUCUUCCGAGACAUUCAGAGUCUUCCACGGAACGCUGCCCUGAGAAAGCUGAACGAUCUGAUCAAGAGGGCACGCCUUGCCAAGGUUCAUGCUUACAUCAUCACCUCACUGAAGAAGGAGAUGCCCAGUGUGUUUGGGAAAGAUAACAAGAAGAAAGAGCUCAUUUCUAACCUGGGUGCCAUCUAUGAGAAGAUAGAGAAGGAACACAACAUCUCUCCAGGAGACUUCCCCAACCUCAAGAAGAUGCAGGAACUCCUGGCUGGCCAAGACUUUAGCAAGUUCCCUGCCUUGAAGACCAAAUUGCUAGAGUCCGUUGAGGACAUGCUGGCCAACGAUAUCGCCAGGCUCAUGACCCUUGUGCGCCAGGAGGAGGCAUCCAUGCCCAACCAAGUGGUGAAAGGUGGUGCCUUCGAUGGCACAAUGAAUGGGCCAUUUGGCCACGGUUAUGGUGAGGGUGCUGGAGAGGGCAUCGAUGAGCUGGAGUGGGUGGUGGGCCGUGACAAGCCAUCCUAUGAUGAGAUCUUCUACACACUGUCCCCUGUUAAUGGCAAGGUGUCUGGCGCUGCCGCCAAGAAGGAGAUGCUGAAGUCCAAGCUGCCCAACACGGUGCUCGGCAAGAUCUGGACCCUGGCCGACGUGGACAAGGACGGUUACCUGGACGAUGAGGAGUUCGCUCUGGCCAACCAUCUGAUCAAAGUGAAGCUUGAGGGGUACGAGCUUCCUGCUAAGCUGCCCACUCACCUUGUGCCACCUUCCAAGCGUGGUCAGGAGCAACAGUGAGUUGCUGUGCUGCUCUUUCAACUUUACAGCUGUGGCUCUCACCUUCUCAGGCUUCAACUCCACCAGCCAUUCCACUUAUUUGUUCCAAAAGCAGUCUCGCCAACCCUCCUCAUUUCAGCAUGCCUUUUUCAUUGUUAAAGGUACAAUUAAGGGUUUUGUGUGGCUGUUCCAGUUGCUGUACGUAUGACUUACAUGUUUCUUGUAUGUAGUGACAGUUUUCCUUUUUUCAAAUAGGUUUUAUGGCCAAAAUUCAUUGAGAGCUGUUCUUUUUAUUAUUUUUGCAUCCCAAGGUAUCUUAUUUUGAUGGCACAUUGCAUAUGGUAGUACCUUGAUCGGGUUCCGAAGACGGAAUAUGUGAAAAUGAAUAUUUGGAAUGGCUUUGGAGAUCCAGUGACUGUACUGAGAACCUGAGCUCUGAGAAGUGAUACCAAAAAGAUCUUAUGUGCCAGUGAGAGACUUGUGGGUUUGUAUUUGAAUGGAAAGAGAUACCACUUUCAACAGAGAGUUGUCCACAAAAAGACUGCAAAAGGACUCAAGGUAGAGAGGAUGACCGUUUUGAUUGAGUAUUGGAGAAAUGUUUGCUGUGUGUUAGGGGGGGUGACCUUUGGAAAAACAAAAAUGUGAAAUAACCUCUCCAUCCACUUUAAAGACUUACCUUGUUCUUCCACUUGCUAGCCACUUUCAGCUCUUGUACCUUAUAGGUCCACUACCAACUGUAGCAUAUCUGUUCUCCUGCACAGUAGGUCAACUACUCUCUACUUUGUUCAUCAUUGGUUCACUUCUGACCACAAGACUAUGUAUUACAUGUUCUUUCUCUGUGUGCGGAAACUGGUCAUUGUUGAAGAGCUAGAUAAUGCACAGAUUGUGCAUCAACAGAUGGGCUACAAUCCCUAACUGUCCCUGGACCUAUAAGGAAAGUGUUUCUAAUAAUGUGGCCGGUGAGUGCAUUUGUAUAUGAUAUUCCAUAAUAUAAUCUUUUCUUU